AUGACCGGCACAAAUGCAUUGGUCGCCUUUCCGGACCCUAGUACCGGCCAAAUAGUCCUCCUACCUUACCUCCUGGACCCAACCGUGAAGUUCCAACGCCGCCCUCUCCUCUCUCGCCCUCUUGACAUCCGCAUAAUCUCCUCCUCUGCCACUCUAUACGGUGGCAAACUAGCCACCGUCCAUAAUGGGGCCGCAGUCCAAAUCUUCGCCACAUUGAAGCUCGCGUCAAACAAAACAAAACUCCACCACGUGUGGAACCGCGGCCUCUAUGUCCAAGGCUACUCACCAACCAUACACCCAACCACCGCAAACGACCUUUCGUCGGUAAUGACAUUCGAUGUCAUGUCAGGCUCAACGGCCGCACGUCACACCAACAUUGGUACACUCAGAUCAGUGCAUGGCAUCAUAAAUGCUGUUUCAUGGGGAAUCAUGCUACCCAUUGGAGCAGUGAUUGCACGCUACCUUAGGCACAUCCAAGCACUGGGGCCUACAUGGUUCUAUGUUCAUGCUGGGAUCCAACUGUUUGCUUUUUUCUUAGGAACUGUGGGGUUUGCCAUUGGAAUUAGGCUUGGGGAUUUGUCACCUGGUGUCCAAUAUGGGCUCCACAGGAAGCUUGGGUUUGCAGCAUUUUGCUUAGGUGCUCUUCAAACACUGGCACUUUUGUUUAGGCCAAAAACUACAAACAAAUUCAGGAAGUACUGGAAAUCUUAUCACCAUUUUGUAGGGUAUGGAUGUGUGGUGCUUGGGGUUGUAAAUUGUUUCCAGGGUUUUGAUGUGAUGGGAGAAGGCAGGUCUUAUGCUAAGCUGGCCUAUUGUUUGGGUUUGUCUACUCUGAUUGGGGUGUGUAUAGCUUUGGAGGUGAAUUCUUGGGUGGUGUUUUGUAGAAAAUCAAAGGAGGAGAAGCUGAGGAGGGAGGGUUUAAUUGGGGGCUCUGAUAAAGGCAGUGCAAUCUUCAGUUGA